AUGUUGCUGUCAAAGUUAGGGUCAUUUUCCCACAUUUGCAACCCUUCGAGCAUGGACCACCUACCAGUGAAAUUACAGCUUCAACCGGUGAAAGUGGAGAAAGAACCAUUCGAAAAGGUGUACCAGGUAGGCUCCGUGCUGGGGAGCGGAGGCUUCGGCACCGUGUACGCCGGAAACAGGCUCUCUGACGGGGCACCGGUGGCGAUAAAACACGUCGCUAAGGAGCGAGUCACCGAAUGGGGCUCGAUUAACGGAAAUAUGGUCCCGCUCGAAAUCCUCCUCCUGAAGAAGGUCAGCUCAUCUUUUCGCGGAGUUAUCAAAUUGCUGGAUUAUUACGAGCGCGCCGACGGUUGGCUCAUGGUUAUGGAGAGGCCGGAGCUCGUCAAGGACUUGUUCGACUUCAUAACCGAGAAAGGCGCCCUGGAAGAGGACGAGGCUAAGGGGUUCUUCCGCCAAGUCCUGGAAGCGGUGCGGCAUUGCUACAGCUGCGGGGUGGUGCACCGGGACAUUAAAGACGAGAACCUGCUGGUGGACCUCCGAACCGGGGAGCUCAAGCUUAUCGACUUCGGUUCCGGGGCCAUACUCAAGGACACCGUCUACACCGACUUUGACGGGACCCGCGUGUACAGCCCACCCGAGUGGAUCCGUUACCACAGAUACCACGGCCGCUCCGCCACUGUGUGGUCGCUCGGCGUGCUUCUUUACGACAUGGUCUGCGGCGACAUUCCCUUCGAGCAGGACGAGGAGAUUCUCAGGGGGAGACUGUACUUCAGAAGGAGGGUUUCAGCCGAGUGCCAGCAGCUGAUCAAAUGGUGCCUGGCUCUGCGACCUUCCGACCGGCCCACACUGGAGCAGAUCGGCGACCACCCGUGGAUGCGGACGACGGCCCAAGCGCCCGAGUCCAGCCCCGAAGAACCCGCCGGUGGCGAAAUCCGCCUCCGGACCAUCGCCAUCGAUUCGUCGUCGAGCACAACUUCGAGCAAGGAGAACUUUUAA